UGAAGUGCAGACAUGCUCAGUAGCUGAUGUCUCCUCCACAGCAACAGUGUCUACAAUAUUAAGAGGUUGUUUGCUUCAGAAGCACGGUGAGAAAGCCAUCUUUGCUAACGACUGAUAGAGAGAACCAAGACUAAAUCAUCAAGCAACAAACAAUGUCAACUCCAAUUCCUUUCCAAGGUGUCAGUUCUGCUACCAGUCCAGGAGUUCCCCCUCAGAGCAACAUGAUCAGCAAUCGGAGACUGCAGCAAACGCAGGCUCAAGUGAAUGAGGUGGUGGACAUCAUGCGGGUCAACGUAGACAAAGUACUAGAAAGAGAUCACAAGCUCUCAGAACUUGAUAACCGAGCAGAUGCUUUGCAAGCAGGGGCCUCACAAUUUGAAACCAGUGCAGCUAAGCUGAAGAGGAAAUACUGGUGGAAAAACUGUAAGUUUAUUUCUGCACCUGAAAUAUUAAGAUCAAAUGGCGUGGUGUGGCUACACUCAUCUUUACUGAUAAUUCCACAAAUGAAAUUGAAAUUUAAUUUUUACGUCUUGGGGCUGGUUGCUACAAAAAUGUGUGAGGAUUGUUUGUUUAGGGUUCAGUUUUCAGGGUGUUUUGUUUUUGUUGUGUAUGUGUGUGCUGUUCCUAGAAAAGUAGUGUGCCACUUAAAAUAUUGCCAACUAGUUUCAUACAUCGAUCUCUUGCUGUGUCUUAAAAUAUGAGAAUGCUGAUCUUUAAAAGUGCUCAUUCUUGAAAGCUAUUUCAUCUGAAUGGGGGAAAAAACCAAAUAAAAAUAAAAGGAAUUAUGUAAAUGGGCUUUGAUUGAAAGGAUAUUAAAUAAUGGCAAGUUGUUUUUAAAAUUAGAUACCAUUUUAUACCAUAAAAACCACCUCAGAUUCAUAAGAAUUGAACUUUAUAACAGCAGUUUAAAACAGAUUCAUAGCAAUAUCUAGGGCUCUGAUAAUCCUAUGAUAUGAGUCAAGCAUAAUUAAAUAAGAACAAAGCUUGCACUCUUCCCAUUCCCCAAAUUGAAUACAAAUAAUAAUUUUAAAAAUUACAAUAGAUUUUUAAGGCAAGGGUUCACAAUAUCUUGCAUUAUUCUAAGAUAUGGGUGGCUUGGAAAACAAAAUUAAAUCCAGUGAAAUCCAGGACAUCAUUAACUUUUGAAGCAGUGUGAGAGUUCAUUACUGGGUUCCUAAGGUCACUCAACAUAUUUAUAUGCAAGCAAACACUUGAUUUAUCCUUAUCCACAUCUUCCAUUAGACCUGUGGUCAGCAUGUGGUAAGAAUACCACAUGCUGCUGAAUACCACAUAGCUACUGAAGCUUCAGUGCCUAGUCAGAACUCACCACUGACACCUGUCCUGCUCCUAUAUUGUUUUUCUGGCAUUCAGUGUUAGAUACCUAGGUUAGCAACCUAGCAUUUACUUUUUACAAAAUAGCUUCCAAGAUCUUGCUGAACUACAUCUCUCAGCAUCCCUCAUUACUGUCCACUCAGUUGCUGGGAGUUGUGUUUUUAUAAUCCCAGAAGGACCACAGAUUCUUAAUUCUUGAUUCUAGAAUGAUGCCAAUUAGGAUCAAAACCACCAAUAUAAGAUCCAAUAGAAUAUUUUGCCAAGAUUCUUCCACUGUCAAAUUUGGAACCAUUUAUAGAUACACACAGUCUAAAUUCAUUUUGUUAAAAUGAUAAAGGGAUCAAUGUGUAUAUACAUGCUGAUAUUUAAAGACAUAUUUAAUUAUAAAAAAAUGGUGUGAGAUACUGUAAUUAAUUCAGGCUGAUGAAAAUCUGUUUUUCAAUUGUGCUUCGUAUUUUGAUAUUACUAUAGAAAACUCCAGAUACCCACAACCUUAAUUAAACAGAAAUGUACUGUA